AUGGCCGAUAACAGUAAAACAGAAGAUAAUGCUUCAGAUUCUGUGGAGGCCGCUAAAAAUGCAAGUGACAAAAAAGAAAAGCUAGCAGACCAAGUGAUGCAAAAUCCACAGGUUCUGGCAGCUCUACAGGAACGUCUUGACAACACAGCGCUUACUCCUUCAAGUUACAUUGAAACUUUACCAAAAGCAGUGAAAAGAAGAAUUGAUGCCUUGAAACAGCUCCAGGUGAAAUGCGCCCAUAUAGAAGCUAAAUUCUAUGAAGAAGUACAUGAUUUAGAGAGAAAAUAUGCAGCACUCUAUCAACCCCUUUUUGAUAAGAGAAGAGAAUUUAUUAAUGGGGAAGCUGAACCCACAGAUGCAGAGUCAGAAUGGCACAGUGAAAAUGAGGAUGAAGAAAAACUGGCUGGAGACCUGAAAAAUGUAGUGGUAAUAGAAGAAAAAGCGGAAGCAGAAGAGACAAAUGUCAAAGGAAUUCCAGACUUCUGGUUUACUAUCUUUAGGAACGUAGAUAUGCUAAGUGAAUUAGUACAA